AUGACUUUUAAGCUUUCAAUAGCGAACCAACAAUACGAAAUAGAUCAUAAUAUUAAAGUUAAAAAAGAUGUGUUUCUGCAGUUCUUAGAAUCAAACAAUUAUAAGAAUACCUUAGCAGAAUUCCGUAAAGAGGCUAAUGAAAUUAUCGAAAAUAAUCCAAAAUUAUUUGAUGAAUUGCCUUCUAAACCCUUGACCGCGAUCGUACAAGAUUAUAUUUUAGAGGAAAUGAGAAAUGAAGUUGAGAAACUAGAUUUGGUUAAUAGCAAGAUAGACGAUGAUUUAUAUACUCCUGAAAUCACUAUAUAUCCUCGUUACAUCUGCGAAACGUUCUCCCAAAUUCACAGUUCAAACAUUCUCACUGUUCGUACUCAAAAUAUUCAACUCACAAAUUAUAAUGAUAAUGACUAUGAAACCGUUUCCAUUCCCAUGAUAAUCACCGGUUCAGCUGAUAAAUCCAUAAAAUUCACUUCUCUACUUACCGGUGAUAUACAUAAUGUUUGUGAUGUUCACAAGGGUGGAGUUCUUGCUAUUGAUUUUCAUCCCAUUUAUACAAAUGUUAUGUUGAGCGCUUCAAUGGACGGUAGCGUCGCGUUAAUUGAUUCUUCUAUUAUGGAAGUUAAACAAAUGUUUAAAGAUCAUAAUAAAUAUGUUGUUAGAGCAAAGUUUUCACCGGAUGGCGCUAUGUUCUUUACUGCGAGUUAUGAUCAUACUUUGAAUAUUUAUAGUAUUAGCGGUUCUUCAACGCCUACACGUCUUUAUUCAAUGCAGACUUCUCCACUAAUGCCCACAACUCCUUCGACACCACUUACACCUUCCACCCCACUUCCUCUGUUUUCUAAAAUACACACUAUAACCUUUGAAUCAAACAUAGAAUCUCUUUGUAUUCUUCCAGAUUCAAGUUACUUAAUCGUGGGAAUUCGUGAUUCUAAUUAUCUUCACUACGUUAGUCUUCAAUAUACUAAAUCUAAACCCCAAAAUUUUGAAAUCACGAAACACAAUAUGAAUGCAAAUGGUGAUGACUGGGUAUCAUUUACAGCUAUGGACAUUAUCGCUAGUCCCAAUAAUGGUGGUAAAUACUUAUUAGUCGCAACCGAUGAUGAAAAUGGUAGAAUCAUCAUGUUUAAAACAUUUAAUACAUUUAAUACAACCAAUUAUGACAUUGGAGAUCAGCAAAAUGAAAUUAACAAGAAUGAGGGUAUUACGUCUUCAACAUUGAUCCAAUUAGCAAACUUUUAUGACAUACCUUCACCAGAAUCGUCCCCUAUCUCUUCAUCUCCAUCGAUCCCUGUAGCAACUGAUUUCUCUCGAAAAUUUACAAAUCCGAAAUUACUCUGGCAUUCAUCAGGAAAAUAUUUUUAUGCUUGUGGUAUAGAUGCUUAUCCACGUGUCUACUCAAUUGAAUCCAAAAAACUAGUUGAAAAAUUAAAAGGCCAUGCUUGUAACAAUGGUGAUUCAAAAAUGGGUAAUUCUGAAUCUGACAAUGAUAAUUUAAGCGGACACUCUGAUGUUGUGCGUGGAAUGUGGUACGAUGAAGAGAGAGAUUUGUUGAUUACCUGUGGUUUUGAUAAGUGUGUGAAAAUUUGGGGAAGUGAUGAAUUGUGCAGAGAAUUGAUGAAAGAUUUGAAAGAAGGAGGAGAGAAAAAGAGGAUAUUGUUUGUGAGAAGGAAUACCAUUGUUUAA